AUGCGUGUAACAAAGUCAAGUAAAAAGAACAACAAGACACGUACCUGCAACAUCCGUGGGAUCGAAGCUACCGUCGUAGGCACCAACAAGAUCCACAAGUGCCGUUGGGUAAAGCCCGAUGGAGCCCUGUGCGAUAAAGCCUUUCAGCGCCAGGAGCAUCUCAAGCGACACGAGAAGACUCACGAUGGCAAGAAGCCCUUCAAGUGCAUGGUCCCCGGUUGCCCCAAAGACUUUUCACGGUCUGACAACCUCAAGUCGCACAACAAGACUCAUGAUCCUUCAAAGCCAGGUGGCAGAAACAUCAAGGUUCCCAACUUUGAGUCUUACCUGCAGACAUGA